UAAGGUUGCAGCAGCAACAUCGCAUUUCAACGAAGGCUGUGAUUGCAAAAACUUGUGAGAAGUCUUUAAGACUGUUCAGUGCAAGAUGAACGCAUUGUGUGUGACAGUGUCUAUAAUUCCAAUAAUUUUGGUGUUCGCGGGGUUUAACCACGCUCAUGGACUAACCACUUUUGGAAAAUCCAAUAAUCAAGGGCCUGUACAAACUACAAUUGUAGGUGGAAAACCAUGUACAAAUCAAAACAAUUGUACAUUAAUCAAAGGAACAACGUGCUUACGCCAAUACUGCUUAUGUGGAGACAAUAGUCAUCCUUUGAAUGGAAUAUGUAAGGCUCAAAUUAAAGGACCCAACCAUAUAUGUCAAAAUGAUAAUGAAUGUGUGGACAACGCUGUGUGUGUAGAACCAAAAGACAAGAAAUCAAAUAAUUUCCCACCAAAUGGUAAUAAUAAUCCAAUAUUAAUAUGUCAAUGUACGGAGGGUUUAUUUCCUAAUGGAGGACAAUGUAGUGGUGCUGCAAUGAACACGAUGUUACCCGGUUUAGUAAUUUUUGUCGCAGCUUUAGCAAAGGUUUACUGAGAAGUGUGGAGAUUUUUUUAGACUCAAAUACUCUUUCACAAAAAAUAAUAAAACUGCACAAUAGAAAAUAGGAAUUGAUAGAUAGCUUUUGCUUCGAUUUUGAACUGUUUCCGUCCAAAAAAAUUUUCGUACUGCGUUAAUGUAUAGGUCAUAAAAUGUGUCAAAAUUUAGUAAUCCAUCUUUUUAAUAAGAUGGAUACCACUUAGAUUUUUUCACUGUAAACGUACCUAAAAGUUUUGCUACUUGAUUUCUCGAAAUACAAUUAUAUUUUUUCUAUUAAUAAUAGAUCUACAAUUCAUUGGGUGUUUUAGAAGUUGAAAUGAGACCAUGCGAAAAUGUAUCAUCAUCAGAAUAAAUAUUUUACUUCUAUUUGACGAUUUUAAAAUAAAUCCAAGGUAGCAAUUCUCAAUAUACAUAGAGACCCACAGAAGAUGUACCAUUCCCAAUAUGUUUGCAAUUAAUAACCUCCACUAUUCUUUAUUUUGCACCUAGCUAAAUUGUAUACCUAUUGUCUAUACGUACCCCUUUUUCAACUAAAUAUAAUACUAUACUCUGCGCAAAUCCUUAUUUGUUAAUUAGUUUUUUUUCUCACAUAAAUAAUUUUUUCAUGUAAUACCUGCGAGAUAAAGAAUAAGUAAUAUUUUUUUAUUUAUUUUUUUUUUUUCACCAAUUAACAUAAACAGUAGCGAGACGUGGGCCCUCGCCAACGACCCCAGUGUGGGGCUUCCAGACUCAACCACAGCCGACCAAUCAAGUUUAUCACCGUUACGCUUUAAAAUUAGCGUUAUAACUUUAAAAACAUAUUUGUGUACCGUAACUGCGACUGCAAGGCCGUUGUAACUACUUUCAACGGAAAAUCAAAGUGAAUCUUGGUUUUAUAGUUAGGUUAGGUUAGGGUGGUCUAACCCAUUUGCGGACAAAAACAAUUUGAUUUGUUCAAUAUUAAAAUAUUCUAUCGCGGAAUAAAACAAGUUUUGUAAUUGAUUCAAACCAGAUAUAUAAACUAGAGGAUUAAUUCUUUUUUGGCGAUUACACAGAUUCACAAAAUUGAAUAAAAUAUGAGCUGAGGAUUAGAUCAUAAUUUUUUGGGUCGUUUGAGAAUUAAUGAGCUAAAUUUUGAGAAAACCUAUAAACCAACAAUUACAAUCACACUGUCAUCCUUCGAGCCUUCCAUAGAUUCAUUUAUAACUCGAAAAAUCAGAUAGUGUUAUGGAAAUGUUGAUGUCAUGGUAGGUUUUAGAAUAUCCCAUUUUUAACCAUGUCUGCUAAACUCAACCUCGAUGCUUUAACUAUUUCCGUAGGCUAGAAAGAAGCAGUUUUCUUUAUGUGGGAUGCAAUAUUAUAGGAAUGUACAUCGGAAAAGCCUGAUUGUUUUCAGAUUCUUGGAAUGAUUUCAAAUUACUGUUGUUAAAAAUAUAAAUAAAAACGAAAUAAAAAAUUGACUUGUUUACGGCUUCGAUUAGAUUACUUUAAAUUUCAUUGUCAGCCCCAAAAUUAGUCUAAUUCCUAGCACAUAUUUAAUAUAAAUUGUUUCACGAAAUCUCACAUGUAAUUUUUUUUACUUAUUUCAAAAAAGUUUUAAACCAUAAACAGAAUAAAAGAUCUUUUUGAUACAAUUUGUCACAAGCCCCACUCAAUCUCUCCCUGUUCUUUAGAAUGGAAAUAAUUAACUGACAGUUCAAAGAGUCCAGGAGGACCGAAAACUAUUCUUUGGUGUGUAUUAAGGAUUGUAUAUCGUGUACUCAUGUCCACUGCCUGAUGCUUCGCAGUUAAGAUCUUUUCUUUCUUCCGAUCCCUCUCUUCUUCUUCGUUUUUCAAUCUAGCCGUCCAAGGAUUCUACGGCGCAGCCACAUCUCGAAAGCCUCCAACUUGUUAAUCGCAGUCGUCUUCAAUGUCCAGCCUUCCAUGCCGUAGACAAGCACCGACCAAACGUAGCACUUCACGAAAGUCAGUCGUAGGUUAAGAUCAAAAUCGGGACAACUAAGCACUCUUCGAAACCUCAAGAAUGCCUGUCUGGCUUGUUCAAUACAUUUUAUUUAUUUCUAUGUCUGAUGCUCAGUCUUCAAGGAGCCAGAUUCUCAGAUAUUUGAAUUUAUCCACCCUCUCUAAGGGCAUGUUAUGAUAGCGUUUUCAAACAUAUCUGUGUUUCUUGAAAUAAUCAUAAAUUUUGUUUUUUUUGUUAUUGAUGUUUAGGCCCAUUGAUCAGUUGUUGUAGGUCAUGCAUAUUAUCAAAAUUAUUUAUUAUUUAUAUUGUUAAUCCACGUCCGACUAACUUUGAUUCCCAUUUAUAUAUCCUCUAGGGCCUCAUGAAAAAUUGCUGCUGAAUAUAAAUGGGAGUGGAGUCAAAAUGCAUCCUUGUCGCACCCCCCCUUUUGAUUUGUCGGACAUACUGUUGUCUAGUUUUAAUUGCGCUUUAGGGUUCCAGUAUAGGUUUUCAAUGCAUCGGAUAUCUUUCUGAUCUAUAUCGAUCCUUUUGAGGAGCUGCAUUAGUUUGUGGCGCUGUACGUGAUUGAAUGCCUUUUAAUAAUCUAUGAAACAGAGGCAAACGUUCUUUCUCUUGUCAUAGCAGUUCUGCACAAGCGACUAUUGCCUUUCUUGUGCCUAACCCUUGCCUAAACCCAAAUUGUGAGUCAUUUAUGUCUCUUUCACAAUUUCGGAAUAUUCUUUGGUGUAUGAUUUUAAGAAAUAUUUAUAUGGUACGGCUCAUCAGGAUCAUAAGUCUAUGGUCUUCGCAUCUUUGAAAUUUUUUUUUUAUUUUUACUUUUUUAUUAUAUUCAUAUACAUAAAUUUCUUUAAUUUCUUAGACCUUUUGAUAUAUUAAUGCAUCUAAAUGUUCUUUAUUUUAGGUCACUUCUGUUUUAAAAUUAGUUUUUUUUCCAAUCGAAAAUGUUUUCAUGAAAAAAUUGAUUUUUCCUUAGUCCUUACAUGUCAAAUAUGUAGCAGUACUUCAAUCAAUAAAAUUAUUUGUAGUUUUAUUAUAAUUUACAAAAUAGAUCAAUAAAUUUUACUCAAAUUAUUUAAGUCUUUUUUAUCAUUUAUAGCUAUUUCGUUCUUAUGAAUGUAAACCAUUUCUAAAAAUUCUCUUUUUCGUGUAUUUUUUGAUAUUUCAUGGUUCGUUACCGCAGUAUUCUUUUUUAUAUCGUAUUGAUGACUUCUUAGUCUAUUUUCUAAAUCCUGAGAUGUUUGCCCUAUGUAGACAGCAUCACAAUUAGUACAAGUACAUUAUUACUUCUUUUGUGGUGGUUUUUUUGGUGUUUUAGAUUUCUUUUUAGUGAAAUAUUUGGAUAAAGUAUUAUAUCCUUUAUAACUCUAAUAUCAUAUUUAUUCAGUGUCAAUAUCAUAUUUUGAUAAAGACUUGAAGAAAAGUCGAAACUUCAAUCGAAUCUUCUAAAAAUUAUUAAAAAAACUAAUUUUAGAACAAAAGAGACCUAAAAUCAAGAACAUUUAGAACCAUUUAUAUAUUUAUUAACCUUAUCGCGAAAAGUCUUAGGACUUUUUUUAUUGGUAUAUAGAAUAGAAAAAAAUAAUAAUUUGUUUGGUUGAAAGAUAACAAUUUCUUUUUGUUAUUGUUUAAACAAUUUCGGCUUAAACAAUAUGACACGGGGUUGUUUCAUAGUAACAUGCUUGUAUAUCAUAAGUAGGGCAAUUUGAAGAGAAUAGCAUGAAAAAAUUGAGGUGGAAUAAUUACUCCUGGACUAAAAAAUCUAAGGUUUUAUACCAACUGAUGUGAAUCUAAUACAAUUAACUUCGCUUUGUAGUUAUUGUGUGCUUUUAAACAAGAUAUUUAUUUCGAUAUGUUUUUAAAUUUCAAAAAUAAAAAAUUGGGUGCAUUAAAAAGUA